AUGCAAACGGCGCUGUUUAGAGACAGCAGCAGCAGUGAACAACACGCUUUUGGCAGAACAGAAGACCGCCGUGUUCUGGAUGAGCGACUACACGCCUCAGGACUCAAGCGGAGUGUAGUCCAGGCCCAGUUGUUCCCAGAUGUACCAGGCCAAAAUUCGUCGGAAGGUUUAAAGCCGAGAAAGAGACUUGAGGUCGCUUGCCAUAGUAAUAAUCAGAGCGGGGAGGAGAGUGACUUAAGAUACAAGCCGCUGGUGCCAUCUCUGAACAUUAAUCCGACCGGAACGGUGUUGAUUCCGUCCCGGCCAAAGUCGUCGUCGGCGUCGGCGUCGAAAGCUCAGAGACUCAGAUUGUUAAUGUCAGCAGGGGCAAAUACUACUAGGGAGAUUCGUAAAAUAGAGCGGACGAAACUGGAGAGAGAGCCGAUGAGCGCGAGAGAUCGAUAUUAUGUUGAGCAACGAUCGACCACAGCGCCAGGAGGGAUGAGGCGCAAGCACCGACUGAGACCACCAGUCAUGACUGGGGGUAAUGUUAGUAAUGAUGGAAUCGUGAAGGCGAUGGAAAACAAGGUUGAGAUACCCAAGGCUCAAGAUAGAGGUGAGAGCAAACAGAGACGUCAUAAUUUCUUAAGUGAAGAGACUCCGCGGCGAGGCGAUUUAUUGGCACGUCGUGAUGAAGUCAGGACACUCACGGAAAAGUUGGUAGAAGGACUUACUCAAGGGAGCAACUCUUCUGGCGCUGAUACAGGAGUGCCAUCAUGGACACCGGGUGGAGCAGUUCCACGCGACUCGUUCUUUUAUUUGAGACGGGUUGAUUCGAACCCGUACAAUUUGGAGAUGGCGAGUCACUCUAAGAUCGAUCCAAAGGACUACUAUACUGUAAGUCGACUAGGGAUCACGCAUUUUGCGUCGGAAGGCGUCGAGUUCCAAUCUCUACAGAAAUUUGAGCGUGAGAACUAUAUCUAUUCUCUUCUUGUGAAGCUUCCGUUUUUCAAGAAGUAUCGUAUUUGGAAAAGAUUUACGAUCUGGAAGCAAGUUGUGUGCGCCAGGAAGCGAGUAGAUGCGUGCAUGUCGCUCAACAACAGCUUGUUCAUUUUGCUUCCGCAUCUCCACGAAGCGCUACUCCAGUUGCGUCACGCAUGUCUUGAUCUUCAACAAGCUCGAUUAUUUGAUUUUGAGCAUCCGACGGGACCCGGGGAGCCAGCAGGAUGGGAUACUGAUUCUAUCAAUACUCAGCAACAGAAGACAUACACGUUGGCGGAGUUUUUGCAGCGGUUGAAAGCCCAGAAGACUCGAGUUGAACGGCUUGUGGAUCACUUUAUCUCGGAUGCCGAAAUGACAGCAAAACACGCGUGUGAAAAAUAUCUCUACUCAUUCCUUCAACAUACUGGUUUCAACGACGUUAAGCCAUGUAGUACUGACAGACCACGGUCGUCAGUUGCUGCAGCUCAGCGAAAAGUGAGCACGAGUGCUCUAGGCGUUGCUAGUCAACAGAAGCCGAUGACAUACACCGAACGCGCAACAAUGAAAACGCAGUGCCGCCGCAUCACCAAGUUUCUUCGGGUGGUAGAGUUUUUGAUCUCAGACGCAAUGCUUCGGAUGGCUAUUUCGUCCACCGUGCAUCUACGAAAUGCACUGGCAACUUACAUCCGUGAUUUAAAUGAUGAUGAAGAUUCUGGAGAUGAAUGCCCAAGAUGCGAAGAGAUCAAACGUAGCGCAACCUUCCCGACGAUAUCUCGAUCAACGACUCAGCCCCUUUUGCGUGUCGAGGUGGUGCUCCACGGUACCUCAACGUCUCUUAGAACAAGUACAAUAUCUGGAGGAACCUAUUCUCAUGACGUACCAGUCAGACUCGAUGAUCCAAUGAAGAUUCUCGAGUUUAUCCCUAGCAAGGAAACACUUCGGUCACAGCUUGAAACAAUGGUGUUCAAUGGCCUGUCAGCUAUAACGAAUCGAGACAGACUGAUACGCAACUCAAUGUUCAAAGUUUACGUGGAGGCAAGUAUGGAGGAUACUAUCCAAGGCGGGGACGGUGAUAGUGAUGGCGGCGAAUUAUCUAGUGAAGGGAAUCUGGACAUUUUGAUCAUGGAAGACAGCAUUUUCGCGGAGACUCUACAGAGCGUCACUACAAUCGUUUUGGAUGCGUACAAUCAUGCUGAGGAGAACUGUGAGAACCUCGUUGUCUACCUGGAAAGGUACCUAGAAAACGGUAGUUUCUGCAAGCUAGUAUCGGACCCAUCGCGCUACCUGAACACGGAUGUGCAUGACUUUCGAGGGUUCCUCGACAAAUUUUUGCAAGAAGCCCAGGACGUUGAUUUUGUUGCCGACAACUCGCCAUGCGGACUGUUAAUGCUGGAUCGUAUGAAGCUCAAUGGGUAUCUCAAGCCUUCGCCACGUAAGUGUCUGGAUGUUCUAUAUAAGCUAAUCCCGAUAGUACUCCGCCAGCUCAAUGACGACCUAACAAACGAGUAUACUGUCGCAAAUGACCGAAUCAGCACGAUCCCGACAACUGUUGAAGCAUUUUCAGAAUCAUUAGCACUGUUGCGCGAGCUGCAGAUUGGUCAAGACGCCAUGGAGGAAAAAUAUAACGGCGUUCGGAGCUUGUAUCGCUUGCUGGAAGAGUAUCGGGUGAAGAUGACAGACACGGACCAAAUGAAUGCGUUUGUUCUCACUCAAAAGAGAUCCCAGUUGAAAGCGUCCAUAGAUCUUUUCGAGAGCAAUCGUGACCAGUACGUAGCAAAGUUCAGUGUUGAACUUGAGGCUCGCCUACCAAAUCUCGUGUCGAAUCUAACUAGUGUCGCCAACGCGCUCUCAGAUCCGAUUUUAUUCGACCUGAAGUCCGAUAUCAACGAGACGAUUAUUUACCUCACGCAAAUUGAAGACAAUGUUUUACAACUCGAGGCGGGUGUGAAGCUGCACCAUGAUUACGAGAAAAUACUUGGUCUACCCAUGACAACUGCAUUUGAUGAGAUGGAUGAUCUUAAAGUGGAUUUGGCUUUGAAAAACGAUUUGUGGAAAGCUUUUCGUGAUUGGAGCGUCGCUGUCUCCUUAUGGGAGAAGCAACAGUUCCCGGACGAAAUUGAUUUUGGCUCGAUUUCAGAACAUACUGAGCGCCUUUACGUUCAAAUUACGAAAUGGGAACAAAAGUUAUCGGAGGGUAUGGGUCCAUUGUGUACAUAUCUGAAGUCAAGUGUGGAUGAAUAUCGAGCAACGUUGCCGAUUUUGAUGGAUUUGCGAUGCCAAAGCUUUGAAGAUCGCCAUUUUGUCCAGCUUCGUGAGCUCCUUGGGAUCAACAUCCGGCAUUUAGGUUUAAGCCCUGGCGCUCCUAACUCAUCGGUUCUCACGCUGGGGGAGCUCGUGAAGAUGCACUUAGCACCUUUUGGUCCUCAAGUUAAUCGAAUUGCGUCAGACGCAACACAGGAACGGCAACUGAAGGAUAUGCUCACAAAAAUCGUUGUGCUUUGGGAUCGCUUAGAGUUCGACGUCAAACAGUACAAAAAAUCCAAGGACUAUUACAUCCUCGACGCGAUUGAGAGCUUCUACACGAUGCUGGAAGAGUCUUUGGUUAAUAUGACCGCGGUACUCAACUCAAAGUUCGUUGCCCCCAUCAAAGAAACGGCGGUUAUGUGGCAUAAACGGCUGCUUCUGUUCCAAGAAACUUUUGAUGCUUGGAUCGAAUGUCAGCGAAAGUGGAUGCAUCUAGAAACGAUUUUUUCGGCACCAGACAUUCAAAAGCAGCUUCCAAACGAAGGCGCUACGUUUAUCGGGAUCAAUCAGUUUUGGAAGGAGUUGAUGAGGAAAACACGGGACCAGCGAGGUUGCUUGAAAAUAACGGGGGCUAUCCUGAUCGGCGCGUCUAGUGGUUCUAAGACGUACAAGGACGGUAGCAGCAGCAGUGGUGGAGGCAGUGGUGGUGUCGGACAGGCUCUGCUUGAUAUCCUCACCAAGCACAACGCAUCACUCGAACGGAUUGAAAAAUCGUUGGAAGACUACCUCGAAAUGAAACGAAGAUCAUUCCCGCGGUUCUACUUCAUUUCGAACGACGAGUUAUUAGAAAUACUAGCGCAUGCCAAGGAACCGCAAAUCGUUCAACGUCACUUGCCAAAGUGCUUUGAUGCAUUAGCAAAGCUGGAUAUCAGCGAUGACUCAGCGCAUGGCAGCAGUGCGGUGUCUAGCGCUCAGGAUAUAGUUGCAAUGAUCAGUCCCGAAGGUGAACGUGUAGCUUUUGGACGAAUUAUCAAAGCUCGUGGAAACGUUGAGGAUUGGCUGAAUGCUGUUCUCGUCAAUAUGAAGGUGACACUGCACAAGCAUGUGAAAAGCUGUUUGGCAGACUACCAGCAUUCGUCAAGAGAAACAUGGCUGUUUCGUCACCCUGCACAGGCCGUUGCAGUAGUAUCGUACAUCAUAUGGGCGAGAGAAUGCGAGUUCUGCUUUCGGUCGCGAUCUCAGAACCCUGUCCAGGAGUUGUCUCUUUGGCACCAAACUAUUUGCACACAGUUGGGCAACCUCACCCGCCUAGUGCGAACGAACCUAACGUCGGUUCAAAGGAGAGUUGUGGUGUCACUAGUGACGACUGAUGUUCACUUUCGCGACAUUGUGGAAUCUUUAGUGGUCAAGAAUGUCACGGACGCAAACGAUUUCUUAUGGCAGCAGCAACUCCGAUACCAGUGGUAUGCAGAUCGUGACGAAUGUGAGAUUUAUCAAGCCAACUGCAGAAUCAAAUAUGGUUACGAGUACAUGGGCGCAUGCAGUCGACUUGUAAUCACCCCGUUAACUGAUCGUUGCUGGAUGACAAUCACUGGGGCGCUCGAGCUGCGCUACGGCGCCGCUCCCUCUGGUCCUGCUGGAACUGGAAAAACUGAAACAUCGAAAGAUCUCGCUAAAGCUCUUGGAAUUUUGUGCAUUGUGAUUAACUGUAGCAACCAAAUGAGCUACUCGAUGAUGGGGAGCAUUUUCAAUGGUGUGACUCAAGCGGGAGCCUGGGUAUGCUUGGAUGAAUUCAACCGCAUUGACAUCGAAGUGUUGUCUGUUGUGGGACAACAAAUGUCGAUUUUAAGGAGCGCGCGACUGAUGAAUUCCACCGAAGUGCUGCUCGAUGGAAAAUGCGUUCCUUUGCGUGACCACCAUGUCAUCAUUACUAUGAAUCCCGGCUAUAUUGGUCGUACUGAGUUACCUGACAACUUGAAAGUAUCGUUUCGACCAGUUGCCAUGAUGGUGCCGGACUAUGCUUUGAUUGCUGAAAUCUUGCUGUUUGCCGAGGGGUUCUUGCUUGCGAAACCACUCUCACGAAAAGUGACUAAACUGUACAAACUUUGCAGUGAACAACUCUCUCAGCAAGCUCACUACGAUUUUGGUAUGAGAGCUGUGAGAGCCGUCCUAACCCUGGCAGGUACUCUGAAGCGUUCAUCUACGAUUAUUGCGGCUUCGGGAUCUUUUUCGAUGAACGUAACAGACCCAGCUGUGACAAGCUCAAACGAUGAGAAUGUCAUCCUCAUUAAGGCAAUGGUUGGUGCAAACACGCCGAAGCUCACAGACGCCGACAAUCGACUGUUUCAAGGAAUUAUUAGAGAUUUGUUCCCCGACACCCUUUCGUCUAUAGGCGCCGUGGAAUGCAACGCGCUCAUCGAAGGUGUUGGGGUAUUUCCUCCACCGUCUGGACACGGUGGUUCCAACUGGAUGAUCGCUUUGGAGGAAGAGAUCAACGAGCAGCUUCGACAAGCUGGCCUACAGGGGGCCCGGCAAUGGACCAAGAAGUUGUUACAGUUAUUUGCAACACUAGACGUUCGCGUCGGCGUUGUUCAGACUGGAUCGACUGGGAGUGGGAAAAGUACGGCUUUGAACAUUUUGAGUGCAGCGGUGAGUGCGUUACGGGAGCGAAUCGCGCACCCGGACGUGCGUUUUCAACGAGUCGUGUCAUUUACAUUAAACCCGAAGUCCAUUUCAAUAGUUGAGUUGUAUGGCUUUUUCCACCCUAUUACGCGCGAGUGGACAGACGGACUAGCAUCCCAGUUGCUUCGGACUUGUAUAAUGGAGAAGAAUGAGGCGAUAUUGGUGCGCCAGUCGGCUAAUCAAACGGUUGGUGUCGGUAGUGAUCCGUUGACGUGGAACUUGGCGUUCUACUGGAUUAAUUUUGAUGGUCCGAUUGAUGCACACUGGAUCGAAAGCAUGAAUACUGUAUUAGACGACAACAUGACGCUCUGUCUGGCAAACGGCGAGCGUAUUAAACUUCUACCGAAGAUUCAGCUUCUCUUUGAAGUUGCAGAUACAAGUGCAGCGUCGCCUGCAACUAUCAGUCGACUUGGUGUGGUUUACUAUCAUCCGGAUUGCCUCGGCUGGAAACCAUUUGUCGAGACGUGGGUGUCUAGGCUCUCUACGCAAGGGUUUGAUCCAACGCCUCAAGCGUCUCCACCUCCAGUCUCAACCCCUAGAGAAUCUCAUCUACAGACACCACUCAGUACUAAGAUGAAGACGCGUGUUCUAAAGUAUUUUGAGCUGUUUGUGGAAUCCGGAUUGACCUUUAUUCAUUCCGUUUCGUUGUCGUCGAAUACAUCACCGCAAGUCCCUAUUUCUACCUGCGACUUGGCGUUUGUCGCCACCAUUUGCCAUAUCUUCCAGGCGCUUCUACUCCAUCGAGCACCUCCAGAACUUUUUGCAGUUGCACCAGCCCCAAGAAGCAACUUUGCUGAUAUAUCUUCCCCAGAAUCAUUACUGUCUCCGGAAGAUCAGCAGAACCGAUGUUUAGACCUAAUCUUCAUCUUCAGCUUCGCGUGGGCUAUCGGUGGUAACCUGAAUCUUGAUCAAGUGAAAAACGCUUUUCAAGAUUUUCUUGGCAAGUUGAUCUCUUCGAACGAGCAGCAUCUGAGUCCAGAUAUCAUGGCAAUUGACGGAAAAAUCCCAACACCUGCAGGGGUAUCACAGGCUACUGGAGAUGUACAAGACUUUUUCAUCGAUUUCCAGUAUUUAAGCUUCUCACCCUGGUCUAACGCUGGCCUAGAGCAGUCUCUACAACCUAGCGAAAUCAAAGCCGGCACUCUUCUUGUUCCAACGAUGGAUGUUUUAAAGUACCGCAGCUUAGUGGAGCUGAUGACGAUUAACGCUCGACAACCAAUUCUCUUAACUGGCGCGACGGGAUCGGGCAAGUCAGCAAUUGUGCACAAUAUUCUGGAUCAUCACGCGCGGAUUGCAGCCGAUAUCUAUCCGUCAAGUUCCGACACAGAUUCGCCACUCUCAGUAAUUGCACACGGUAAAGUACUUCCACUAAUCUUAAAUAUGUCUGCUCAGACAUCAAGUGCUGGCACACAAUUAAGCAUCGAGAGCAAGUUUUCCAAAAAACGCAGGACAUUACUCGGAGCACCCGUGAAUAAGCAGCUUGUCGUUAUUUUUGUGGAUGAUGUCAAUAUACCAGCCACCGAGAAAAACGGUGCUCAACCGGUAGUUGAGCUCUUGAGGCAAUAUCUGGAGUAUGGUGGGCUGUACGACCGUGAACGAUUCUUUUGGAAAGAUAUUAACGAUUCCGUGCUCAUUGCAGCGGGUGGAUUGCCAGGUGGAGGCCGUCAAACACUUUGUCCACGCUUCGUACGGCAGUUUGCUGCAGUAUUCUGUCUACCCAGCUGUGAUGCGUCUGCUAUGAAGGCAAUAUUCAACUCUAUCCUCGCAUCGCACAUCACCACCUCUGGAAGCAGUGUAUUCGCCAAGAAUGUCAAGGACACUCUUCUUCAAACUGCAGAUGCGACGUGCCAACUGUUUCAACGUGUUGUACAGGGACUACUUCCAACCCCGUCUAAGUGUCACUAUACCUUUAACUUGCGUGAUGUUACCAAGCUUAUGCAAGGUAUUGUACUUGGUACUCGUGUAUCCGGAGCAUUGGUGAGCUCCAGUAAGAAAGGAGGCGUACAGCCGACUUGCAGUCUAACUGCACAAACCGUGGUCAAUUUGUGGGCACACGAAGGGAUUCGAGUUUUUCGAGAUCGUUUAACAGACAGCACUGAUAGACGAUGGUUUUCUGAGCAAUUGGUGGAGGUGGCGAGUAAAGUUUUCGGUGUUUCGUGGACUGUCGAUACCAUUGGCAUUGAUAACGCAACUGAUCGGCGGAGAACACACAAUGCGAUUGAUAACGGAGACCCACCCAAGCAAGAGCAUAGCACUUUGCUAUUCUCACCCCGUCGAGUUGAAAACAGAGGGAUUGUUACAGGAAUCAGCAUGAAGUACGACCAAGUCGGUGAUCUGAACCGGUUCAAAAUGUUCCUCAAUGGACAGAUUAAAGAAUACAACUGUAGCCCGACAGUGCAGGAAUCCUGUCGCCAGCCGCUUGAGCUGGUGCUCUUCGAAGAUGCAAUGAUACACACGGCUGCUAUCGCGAGGAUUUUGAUACAACCGCGAGGACACGGGCUGCUGCUUGGGAUGGGAGGCUGCGGUAAGCGUUCUCUUGCGAGAUUAGCUGUGUUUUUGACGGGAUACUACUGCUUCGAAAUCGAAUUACGCAAGGGCUACGGCUUGGUGGAAUUUCGAGAGGAUUUAAAGCAGAUGAUGAAGUUGGCAGUUUUGGGAGACACGGGGGAGGGUCCUUCGACUCGCCAAGGUAUAAGCGUUAAUGCUGUACCCACAGUAUUUUUAUUGAACGACUCGCAAUUGACCUCGGACGUUUUUCUCGAAGAUGUCAACACGAUUUUGAAUGGAGGGGAUAUCCCCAAAUUGUUCACGACAGAAGAAAUGGAACGGAUUAUCAAUGAUGUGAGAGCUUUGCUUGAGCGCAGUAUCAGUGACGCAAAAUCUUCACAAGGAGGUCACAAUCAGGGUGAUACCAGCUCAAAAGUUGGCGACUUAACUCGAAAAGAUUGUGAGGACUACUUUCACAUGAUGGUGCGGAACUCUCUACAUUUCAUUCUCUGCAUGAACCCCCUUGGAGAAACUUUUCGCGCGCGAGUGCGGCAGUUUCCAGCGCUUAUUAACUGCACCACUAUCGACUACUUUGAUGAAUGGCCCAAAAAUGCGCUUGAAUAUGUUGCGGACUUCUACCUUUCUCAAGAAGAUACUCAAGCUCAACCACGUAGUGGUCCUGGUACGAGAAGAGCGAGUACUCGUGACUUUUUGAGUUCGUCAAUGAUCCGGUCGGCUGUAACAGCACUUUGCGUCGAAGCUCAUGUAUCGGUUACUGCUUCACUACCGACGUUUCUUACGAAGUAUCGAUGCCGUGUUUACAUCACGUCACAACAUUAUCUUGAUCUCAUCUCAUUAUUCCGACGUAUACACCGAGAAAAGAAAGCACAGUUGGAAACAAAGUUGCAGCGUUUGAUGGCAGGUGUCGUCAAGCUGGAAGAGACCAAUUCACUUGUGAGUACACUGCAAGAGGAGCUUCUUGUACUACAACCAGUGCUAGUGAGCAAGACUAUGGAAGCAGAGGAACUAUUGCAUCAAGUGGCGAUUGACCAAGCAGAAGCUGAACAAGUCGCUGAGCGUGUAAGAUCCGAUAAAGCUAUGGUCAAGCAACAGCAGCAAGAAGUUGCAGCUUGUCAAGCAGAUGCGCAGAAUGAUCUGGAUCAAGCGUUACCUGCUCUUAAUGCAGCUGUUGCAGCUUUGGACUCCUUAGACAAAAAAGAUAUCUCGGAAGUCAAGGGGUUUGUGAAGCCUCCACAAGUUGUACAGGUUGUCAUGGAGGCUGUAUGUAUCAUGCUUGGGGAGAAAGCGGACUGGGACACCAGUAAGCGUAUAUUAUCUCGCAGUAGUUUUAUGGCUGAGCUCAAAGAGUACGACAAGGACAAUAUCCAGCCGGCGAUUCUCAAAAGAAUCCGUAAGUACAUUGAGAGUCCGGAGUUUGCAGUGGAUGAAGUCAGGAAGGUAUCACAUGCUGCGAUGUCGCUGUGUAUGUGGGUGCACGCUAUCGAUACGUAUGCUCGAAUUGUAAAAGAAGUGGUUCCAAAGCGUCAGCGUUUGGCCGAGAUGAAUGCUGUGCUCGAAGUCGCAAAUACGAAGCUUGAAGCGAAACAACAAGAGCUGACAAAAGUGCUGGAUAAAGUACGAAAUCUGAAAGAAAAAUGCGAUGCUACACUGGCAGAAAAGCAGCGUCUGCUGGAUGAAUCAGUGCUGACUCAGCUACGAUUAAAAAACGCUGAAAAGCUAACCAAAGGUCUUAGCGGUGAGCGUGUACGAUGGAAAAGCAGUAUUACACUGUUGAAGCAAGAAGGAAGCUCAAUUCUGGGAGAUUCUUUUCUGGUAGCAGCAUCCAUGUCGUAUCUGGGACCUUUUGACGGCGAAUUUCGAGCCCAACUUCUCUCUCAGUGGUCAGGUGCGACUAGGUCGUCAGUGGGUGUGUCACCAUCAUUUACACUUGCCAAUGCGUAUGGAGACUCUCGAGAACUUCGCGAAUGGCAACUGCUGGGCCUACCAAGUGAUAACUUUUCGACCGAUAAUGGAAUUUUCACUUUAAAAAGCAGACAGCGCUGGAGUUUAAUGAUUGAUCCACAACAACAAGCAACGCAAUGGAUCAAGCGAUUAGAGCAAUUUAAUCACUUGGAAAUAGUGAAAGCAGACGAUCAAAACUUGAUGCAGGCCGUCGAAGAUUGCCUCGUUAGUGGAAAACAUAUACUAAUCGAAGAUGUGACAGAAGCACUGAAUCCGUCGCUGGAGCCUGUAGUUGCAAUAAAACCAUCUCAAAAAUCAGCAGACAACAAAAGAGCAACCAGAAAGUACGUGAAAUUGGAGGAUCGAGUUGUGGAGACUGAUACAGAACGCUUCCGAUUGUACCUUGCAACGAAGCUGGCGAACCCGCAUUUCGUCCCUGACGUGUAUAUACGCGUCAACGUUAUUAACUUCACCGUAACAAGAGACGGUUUAGAAGAACAGCUACUUAGUGAUGUUGUGAAGCGAGAGAGGAUGGAGGUUGAGGAGCGGAAACACACACUCUUGGCUAGUAUUGCUCGAGAUCAAAAGCAAUUGCAAGACUUGGAGAUUAGAAUCCUUAGUCUUCUCUCAGAUGCUAAGGGGAAUAUUUUGGAUGACGUUGAACUCAUACGAACGCUGGAGACGUCCAAGCAAACAUCGAAUGUGGUGGCUCAACGACUAGCGGAAUCAGAAGCGACGAAACAGGAAGUUCUAGAAAUUCGGAACCAGUACCAGGGUGUCGCAGUUCGCGGUGCUAUGCUCUUCUUCGUCAUUGCGGACUUGGCUGAUAUCGACCCCAUGUAUCAGUUCUCGUUGGAAUAUUUCAAUCGUGUAUUCAUAAAAAGUUUGAACGAGGCGCCUGUGAAAGCAUAUUUAUCCGAGCGAUUAGAGAGUCUAAAGCACCACAUCACUUUGGCUGUGUACCGGAAUAUCUGCCGUGGCCUCUUCAAGGCUCACAGGCAGCUAUUUGCGCUAGUGGUUUGCUUAAAAAUCAUGAUCGAUGCAGAUGAACUUGAGCAACGCGAUGUUGUACUUUUAGACCGAUUGGUAGUGGAUAUUGACACCACUAUAACAACUGACGCUGAAUCUACCAACAUGAGCGACAGCUGCUUGGUAGAGCCGAAGGAUAAUGCCAUUGGGGAUCCUAAUCAUAUCAUUGAUGCAGUUGAUCGUGCUUUUCUUGCGCUUUCUCGAAAGCACCCGCUUUUUAGUGCGCUUUCGGACUCAUUCUAUCGAGAAAAUUCAGCCUGGUCUAAUUGGAUUGCAAGUGAAAACCCCUAUCUUGCUCACCUUCCUGAAGGCUUGGAUGAAUCUUUGCCUCACUUUACACGUCUAGUGCUCGUGCGGUGGUUGCGUGAAGAUGCAUUUAUGAUGGCAGUAAGGUGUUUUAUUGACCAAACACUUGGCGCUGAAUAUCUAGAAGAUGCUAGUAUGGACGUGGAGAUGAAGGAUGUCUACAGUGACAUUGACAAGUCUACACCUUGCCUGUUCAUUUUAUCCCCCGGAGCAGACCCCAUAUCAUCGUUAGAACGAUAUGCUCGCGAGAAAAAUAUUUGUGAAGACAAAUAUCACGUUAUCUCUCUAGGCCAAGGUCAAGGUCCGAUCGUGGAAGCGAAAAUAGUGGAGUGCAAGACACAAGGAUACUGGUUAAUUCUUCAGAAUGUACAUCUAGCUAAAUCAUGGCUACCUGAGCUUCAGACACAUCUUACCACUAUCAACCAAGAGGCACGGAAUGGAGAAAUUCACGAAGAUUUCAGGUUGUUCCUUGCAUCCUUUCCGGUGGAAUAUUUCCCCGUUUCAGUUCUUCAAAACAGCGUGAAAGUGAUGACGGAGUCCCCAAUGGGUGUGAAAGCAAAUUUACAGCGUUCAAUGAUGCUCCUCAAACAGAUGAAUGCAGAUGGAAACAACUCCCACUUGACUUCAAAUGCGUCAAUGAAGCUGCGUCUAGCAUUCGGUCUCAGUUUCUUCCACGCUGUUGUGCGGGAGCGCUCCAAGUUCGGAUCUCUUGGCUGGAAUCUUAAGUACGACUUCAGUGAUGCUGACUUUGUGAGUGCGGUCACCCUACAACGUCGGCUUCUCGAUGCUGUGGCAAAUAUGCUUGCUACCAAGGCAAGCGCCAGUGACGUCCCUCAGACAGAAACAAGUGAUGAUGGUAUGAGCAAUACUCAAGAGCCACGAUCGGGAACAACUUUCCUUCAGUUUGAUACGGUGCCUUGGGACGCACUGCUCUUCUUAGCUGGCGAGAUUUACUAUGGUGGCCGUGUUACGGAUGAAUUUGAUCGUAAGUGCUUGAUGGCCGUGUUGAGACGAUAUUGCUCGGAGCCGUGCUUCAAACGUAAGUCGAAUAAAACUCAUCGAAGCAAGUCGACGAUUCGACGGGUGACAAAGGCAAAGAGCGCUUCGACCUUGGAAAACACCAUCUUCUCAUCCACUGAUGAUAGCUUUUUCGCUCCAGAAUUUCAAACUGAGGACGACAUGGUCCGCUUCGUCGACGGGCUGUCUGACAUGGAUGGACCAAAUGUGUUUGGCAUGCACCCGAAUGCACAUAUUUCGUACCAAAAAAAACAAAGCAAUCACUUUGUAAAACUGGUGAUGCAGCUACAAAAUAGCGGAGAAGAUGUUUCAUUUGCGGACAAAUUGUCGAACGACUGUACAAGUGAUGCAGUGGAUGGCAACAAAAGCAUGGAACAGGCAGUUGUAGAUUUGUCAAAAGCAAUUCAAGAGCAACUCCCUUCACCAACGACACUAAACAGCAUCGAGAAAUGUCUAUUAGGUCGAACACGUGAAAAUUGGCAGGAUCCACUUAGUGUUGUGUUGCAACAAGAGGUGGCGGCGUGCCGCAAAUCAGUACGACACGUCGAUGCAAGCCUCAUCGAAUUGCAGCAUGCCAUUCAAGGCACUGCCGUUAUGUCGGCAACCAUUGAGCAAACUCUGCAUAGUAUUGCAGCUCAACAAGUACCCGUGGACUGGAUGACCAAUGAUUCCAAUUUGACUCCAACGACGGAGUCGUUGUCGCAAUGGGUGAAAAAUCUACUCAAUCGCUUCGAGUUUUUACGUCGCUGGGUCGAACAUGGUCGCAUACCAGGAAACAUGUUUCCUCUGCCAUUUUUUUCUUUCCCACAAGGGCUCUUUACUGCAAUUCUCCAGCGAUAUUCUAGAAGACAUGGAAUUCCGAUACACUUCUUAGAUUUCGAGUUUCGGGUGCUCAGUGAUUCCAAAUCUGCGCUUCUCUCAUCUGUUGACGAUCCAGCAGUACAACAGAGUCUUGAAAACGAAGUAGCGGGACAAGCGGAUGAUGGAGUUUAUUUGGCGGGUCUUGUACUGGAAGGCGCUAAUUGGAACAGCGAAUUAGGAUGUUUGUGCAGCUCACUCCCCGGUAUCAUGCGACAGAAUAUGCCAAUUAUCCAGGUAGUGGCUCAACGAAAUUCUACUCUUGCUACAGCUUCUUCAAAUGUGCAGACGAAGGGGCCUAGCCAGAGUGACAAUGCUGUCAUCAGUUCAACACGAAAUAAAGUUGGCGGUGAUACGAAGGCUGCCGCACGUUCAACACAACUGCUUAAACGAGGAGAUACCUACAAGAGGAGUUCUCGUAGCUUGAUUGGUUCGGAUGUUGAAGGCACAGAAGAUUCUCUCGCUUUCAACACGUACUCGUGUCCAGUGUAUCGCACAGCGAUGCGUAAAGGUACAUUAUCGACGACAGGUACUUCGACAAAUCUGGUUUUAGCCAUGGAUCUCCCUUGUCAAGGCGAACCCGACUAUUUUGUGCUCAACGGCACAGCGCUUGUGUGCAGCAACACCCUCGAGUAA